AACACUUCACGCAAAGAUGGCGACGGGUCUGUGUUAUAAGUUAAGAUUUUAGCUUUUUAUAGCAUUUACGACGGCUUUGAGAGCCCGGAAAGAUAUUUUAAGAAUGUAAGAGGCUUCAUAGGUGCCAGGCAAAGACGUGAUUGUGCUGGAGAAUGUGACAAUCUUGGGAAUAAUUCUUUGUUUUUCACGAGACGUUAGAAUUAUCAAGCGAAAGUUCCACUGAGAGCUUCCAUCAACAUUAGAUUGUCGUCAAGAGGAUGCGUAACAUCUAUGCUUGAAGGAACGCAUGUCAAAGAAGAUUAGUGGAAAUAAAAUCGACUGGUCAAGUUAAUUGGAAAAAAUGGACCGGCAAGAGCGACUAGAAAGGACAGCGUCUAUGGCCAACAACAAGGGAUUGCUGAAUAACCCUGGUGAAAAUAAUUGUUUUCUGAACUCGGCAGUUCAGGUUAGAAAAACGUUUGUUUCCUGAGUAAAUGAUAUAUAGUUAAGCGAUCUCUUUAGAAAAGAUCUAUUCUAUUUUUUGUUUUGUGAGGGGGAGUAGCUAGUUGAAGCUUUUUCAUUUAGAAGGAACGUGAGUACGCAAAAUUAUACGGACAAUACAACGUUACACAUAAUGGUAGUUUGUGUUAUUUUUAUCACAUUAAAAACAGUGUUGAAAACUUGUACGAUGACCGAUAUGACCGCUAAAUGUCCGCACAGUAGGAUCUCUGUAGCGGUGAUGUGAUAUAAAGGUUUUUCUCAAUCUUAAAAGAGUUCUUAAGUUAUCAAGAUUUACAACGCACUGUUUCCGUUUCAUAGACGAAUUUUAGAUCAGAGGCACGUAUUGCUUUUGUUUUUAAAGACGUGGGUUAAAAAAUCUGGAGGAUUCGAUUAUUGAAACAAGUUAAUAUCUAUUGGAUGUGUGAUUACGUAAGGCUCUGCCGACAUGAAAUGUUGCACAAGAAGUACGCUUUGAUUUAAGAAGUUAAUCACCUAGUCGACAUGGGAUGCCAUUCAAGGAAUCGCGUUUUCAUUUCAAAUAAAGCUUUCAAUGAUGCGUGAAAGUGUUUUGUCAAAAUGCCAAAGCGUGCUUUGUGGAUGAUUGAAAUUAUUUUUGACCAAACACAAUAGAAUCUGAAAAGCCUUAAUUCCAGACCUUACGCCAAGCGUAUGCAUGCCGUCAUAACCCAAUUAAUAAGAAAUUUUUAAAGUUAUUUCGCACAGAUUCCAGAGAUAUUCUGUUGCUGCAGGGUAUUAAAGUGUGUGCUAGGAAAUAGGGUGUAGAUGCUGGCUAAAGAUCUUUUAUCGUUGUUUAGCUAUCAAUAUCAAAAGUUGCUCUCUAUUAUUGAUCUUCAGAUAAUUUAUUCAUUUGCAUUUGUGUUUUAAGAAUCUUAUCCUAGAGGUCAUGCUUAAUUGAACGUUAAUGGCAAAACAGCAAAAAAAAAAAGAAAAAAGAAUUGGCUGUAACUUAUUGAAAAGAGCUUUCUGAAAUGAAUGCAAUUCAUGACAGUUAAGCUUACUUUGUCAAAGUACUUUGAACUUCACACAUCAUAUCCAAACCAUAGUGUGGAGAGACAUAAAAUUGAAAAAUUCAUUACCUUGAAAACAUUAUAAUGCAAACAGAGGCAUCAAAGGAUUUUGAGGUUCUUUGAAUUGUUAUUUUUACUACUGGAAGAAAGGCUGCCUUAGUGAUUUUUAACCAAUAUCACUUUUUCUACUGAAAACAAUAUCUUUAUUAAAAAUUAUCAUUCUCCAUAGCUGUGUGGUCACAAAAAAUUGUUUACGGAUGAUCACUCAACUUUGAAAGAUAUAGGAUAAUUGAAACUUGCAUUUCAAUUCAUAGGAAUUAUUUUUGUAAUAAUUUAAGCUUUUGUUGAGGGUAAUUUCUUAUUGUUUUAUGCUUUAGUCUUUCCGUGUUCGAUAAAAUUUGCUCUGUGCAAUAUCUUUCAUCUGAUUAUGACAUAUUAUGACUGUUCAGCCAGCUAAGACUAGUGAAUAUUUUAAAAGCAUUCAGGUCAGGUUUACAAAUUGUGCAACACUUAUUAACAUAAUUAUGAAAAUCCUGUGAUAUUUGCCAACAUCUCUCCAAAAAACUAAUGUGAAUAAUGAGAUGAAGAAGUAAUGAGUUGUUCAAUUACUUUGUACUAUUCAAAGGCUUGCAGCUAAGCAUCGUUGCAUUUCCAUCAUACAGUUUUCGUAUUUGUUUACAAAUUUGCUGUUUUGAUUAGGCAUGGAAGAUGGAAGAAUUUUCUCGCUGCUAUUCAGAACUCUGUACCUAGAUUUUGGUGGUCUGAGCUAUCAGACGUGGGAAAUGUUUUCCUGUUACCUAAAAAUAUCCUCCAGCUACCAAUUGUUAUACUGGGAACCCCGAAAUCUGGUCACCAUUCUGUUUCUUUUGGGGGGCUCUGUUUUGAUUUGAUGGAAAAUUCUCAGAACUAAAAUAACGAGAAAUGUGUGGCAAUCUGUGUAGAGAGUUGAUACAUGUAGUUUGAUUGUUAGAAUGAAGGAGUCAACAGAUCUAUAAAUAAUUUGACUUGUAACCUUAGCACACUAGCUACUAAGACAGACUGUCUCUGAGCUUUCCCUUAACCCUUACCACCCUAACAUCAGUAUUCAUAUUCUCCAUACUGUCCUCUGUACAUUUACUAAGGUGCUGACAAGGAGAAUUUGUCUAACAAUCAAGAGUUUCUUUAGUUUGUGAUCAUUUCCUUUAUUCUCAUGACAUUAAUGUGUGAUUCAGUGGUGCCAUUGUAGAGAGAAAUUAGAUGCUGGUCACUCUCAGGGGUUAAAGGGUUAAAAAUAGUUUAAUAUUGCUUGUAAGGUAGUUUUGAUUCAUUGAUUCUCAAAAAGUAUUUUUCUGUAGGUUCUCUGGCACCUGGAUGUGUUCAGAAGAAGUUUUAGAGAGAUUAAAGGUCAUUACUGUAUGGGAGAGUCAUGUAUAUUCUGUGCGCUGGACUUGAUAUUCAAACAAUUCCAGUACAGCAGUAAUGAUGCCUUGCCACCAGAUGGACUGCGAGUUGCUUUAGCUGCUGCAUUUAAGGUUGGUGAUGUACAUGUAGAAUAAGUUUUUUUUGUGGGAGAGAAUGCUAUGUAGCAAAUUUAGUUAGGCUCCUCAUAAAGAAGAAGCUGAGCAUGGAUCAAGCCAUGUCAAAUCACAAAAACAAGUGAGAAUUCCUUUGAUUGGAAAAUGUGAGGAGGUUAGAGGGUUAUUUUUGUGUUGAUCCAGACUACCACAUAAUAUGGAUGGGUUCAAUAUUGGAACAAUAAUGGAUCUUCCUAGUCAUCACUUAAAAAAUUAAAGGUCAAUCCAAAGAUGUGGUGAGUUAACUACUGUAUCAGAGCAACUUACAACUUGUAGAGAUCUUUGUUUGUGUCUGUUACUAAUGUAUCAGAGCUCCGGUAGUUUUGCAAUGAUUUGAUUUAAAUUAGAACAAAAUUGAUUGAUGCCAAAAGUCUGAAGGGUGGGUUUGAUAGAUACCUAAAAGAUAGAACUAUUAGUAAUGAGAAGUAAUAUUUUGUUUGACAGAACCAGCACAGAUUUCAGCUGGGAGACAUGGAUGAUGCUGCAGAGUGCUUUGUAAGUACCUUGUUGGUUCUAAUAGUCUUGGCUUCCUUUUCAAAAACUUAUUUUUGAUUGAUUGGGAAGGACAUAGCUUAUAUGUUAUCUUGUCAAGCCUUAUAAUUAUCCAUUGUGUAUGAUGUAGUCCCAGUAAAUUCAAAAAUUCAAAUUUGUAGCUUCAUGUCUUCUCUUUUUUAACCUAACAGGGAGUUAAAUGGUAAGAUGCCACAUGCUUGCUAAUCAUUCUGUUUUUUUCUCUUGUUCUAGGAAAACAUCCUCAGUCAUAUGCAUACCCUUGUGACAAAGAAUGAGUACGAUGAUGCUUGUAAUGUUAAACAUUGUAUAUCACACCAAAAAUUUGCCAUGCAAGUUAUUGAGCAGGUAAUAAUCAUGGAUUUCGUAUAUAUUUUGAAUUGGCUGGGUAAGGUUAAAAAGCAGACAGUGUUGAACUCCAUAGUCCAGCUUAACUGACUUCUUGACCACAUAUUGAUUUAAUGAAUGAAGUAGGUGGUAAACUCAAACUGUGAAAUCACUUUUUUUUUAAUUUUUGAGGGAUUUUGUUUAACAUUCAACAAAUACUAUUCUAUUGGUAGCUGAUUAUAUGUUUAUUUUGAGUAUGUUUCACAAGUUGGUGAUCCCAAUGAUUCUAAAUUUACAUUUAUGGAUCCAAAUUAUGUCUUUUUUUUCUUUGUAGACAAUAUGUGAGUGUGGUGAGCAGUCAGAACCUCUGCCAUUCUUCCAGCUGGUACACUAUGUAUCUGCCUCUGCACUGUGGUAUGUUGAGUUACCCUCUUUUUUUUACACUUAAACCCCCAAGAUCUCAUUGUUAAUUCUCCCCUCCGACCAGCUUUUACACAAUUCCUGGCAAAUAAGUUAGGCGAAUUUGGCAUUAGAUCAAGACAACAACUUCUAUGUGAUAAGUUUGGGUAUUCUCAUUUGCCCUUUGCUGGAUAAUGUAUGGAUAUUGUAAAGAGAAGUUUCAUGUCAGUCACUUCUGGGAGUUUAAGGGUGAAGUUUUUGUUCGGGUGCUACACUGACUUGAAUCUAAUUUGUUACAUGACAGUAUGAUCCUUGUUUCAUUACUGGAUGAAAAUGGAUUUGUUUUGUUUGUGUUCAGUGCUAAAGCAAGGAGACUGAAAGGAUGGGAUAGCACACGCCCUAUUGAAAAUCCAUUUGGAUAUCUGCUUCGUAGAGCAGGACAGGACACUAGAGAGUGCCAAGUAAGUCACAAAUAUGUAAGGUAAGUCUCUAUUGUGUCAUUGGUAAUUUUAAUCAAAUUUUUUCUGUUAUUUCAGAGUCCAGACUGUAAUGAGAAAGUCCAAGUUCAGCGGUUGUUAUUAAAUUGUCCUGAUAUUGGUGAGUAUAAGAAAUAAUUGAAUGUAUUUAUGAAAUUUACAGGUCAGUGUAGAAACCAGAUUUAAAAAGACGCUAAGGCAUAAAUGAUACAGGGUCACUGAUAUACAUUCAUGCAAAUGAGCUGUUGUCUCAGAAAAUUUUGCACUUGUGAUUUUUUUUAUCACAAGUAGUAUUUAUCCACUGAGUGAGUAACUAAUUGCCUGUUACUAAUGAGUCCUGGUAAUCAUUCUUUCAUAUGAUUAUCAGUUUUGAUUCACAUGCAAAUUAAACUCAUAAAUGAGGCCUGGUGCUCAACCAUUCGUAUGAAAAUUUUCAUAUGAAAGGUUGAGCGCCAGGUCUCAUUUUGAAAAAAAGGUAAUUCAGAAAUGGCCAAUUCAUUUACUUACUGAUAGACUGAAACUGAAUAAGAAAAUGACUGUUUCACAGACUUUCUAAAUGAGUGAAUGACUUAAUGAUUGAUUGACUUGACUUACUGACUGAUUAAUGUACUGAAUAAUUGAAUGAAGUAUCGACUAACUGACUGAUGGAUUGAUUGUAGAAUUGAUGAAUUCAUUAUUUGACUGAUCAACUGUUUUAUUAAUUGCAGUGAGCGUUGGUCUUAUCUGGGACUCUGAGUGUCCUGAUGCAGAACAUAUUGCUGAUGUUUUACAAUGCAUUGGAACAACUCUGAAGCUUACUGAUGUAAGAACACUUUCUUUUAAAAGUGUACUCCGUUUACCAGAAAGCUCUUUUCCCUUGAAUUACCCGCUGCCUAAAUUAACUUCAGUUUGCAUUGACCAGGAAAACAAAAUUGAUGGUGCGCAGUUUUAACUUUUUUCUUCAAUUUUCAUAUCUGUUUCCAGUUGUAUCAUCAAGUGUAUGAUGAAAAAGCCAAGGAGGCCUGUCUGCAGCUGGUUGGUAUAGUGACAUACUAUGGCAAACACUACUCAACGUUCUUUUUUCAUAGCAAGCUGCGAACAUGGAUUUAUUUUGAUGAUGCCAGAGUGAAAGAGGUGGGUGUGCUGGCUUGAAAGAGAAGCCGUGAAUUAUUUAUUUUUAACUUGACAUUAUGUAUUAUUGCUCUGUAAUAUUGGUGAAGGGGCUGGAAGAAUUUAAAAUUACUAUUAUUUGUAGUCUGAAUGUUGUUCUGUUAUUUAUUAUUCAUGAGAAUAUUUUCAGAGGUGGCUAGAAGUCAGAACAAAUGUAUGUCCUCAAGCCGUGUUAAAAUCCAUGUCAAGCUAGUAGAACAGAGGAACAUUUCUAAGGAUUCAACAUUCCAAAAACAACCACAAUCUUUCUCAAAAGGAAAGCAUGCUUGGAGAAGUGAGAGAAAUUGGAAUGGCAGUCUUUGUUGUGAGAUUACAAAUUGUAAUUUUUUCAAAACUGAACAGUGACCAUUUCAUGAAUUCAAAGUGGUUUUUAAAUGACAGGGUUUGAAUUUUUCAAGUUUGAAUUUAUUUGAGAGAGCAACAAUGUGAACCUGGGACCAAUGUCAGUAUCUGAGCAACUGCAUACUUACCCCUCCCCUAACCCAACAUUAACCCUAACUCGUUAUCAGUUGACUGUUGUUGUGUUAGAGGAGGGGUAGGUAAUUGAGACUGAACGUUUUACUUCAGAUUGGUUCUGAUUGGUUGGUUAUGAUGGAGAAAUGCCGCCUAUGUCACUAUCAGCCUCUUCUGCUGCUCUAUGCCAAUCCCAUUGGUACACCAGUAAAUGCUGACUCAGCACCAAAGGAGCGAAUACUCAUCAAUGGUGCAGUUCACGAGAAGGGAACUGAAGGGAAGCAGUCAGUGAAAGGUCUUAAUACAGAAAGAGGGACAGCUGAUGGUGUAAGCGACUGCGAAAAGAGCCCUGUUAUGUCCAAAAAAUCCAAAUCACGUAACAAACCAAAACCAGAUAAGAAAUCACUGUUCAGAUCAAAGAAGAGCCUUUCCUCCGGAGACUUGUCCAUUCCUAAAAAGGAGCUCACGCGGUCACCAAGCAACGCGUCAGACAGUACAACUAGUAGUCCUGGAAAGGAGAGGCAGAGGCCGAGCUUCAAACGAAUAGGAACAGCAAUCAUGAGUGCAAUGAACCCUGCUCUAGCUGUGUCUCACUUAAAGCAGAACAAGAAAAAAGGGUCUUCAAAGUCCCGACGUUCGUCAACUGGCUCCAGUGAGUCUAGCGGCGACCCUGAUCUUAUAGAUUUGAGGUGAGUAGCAUUUUGUUUUAGAAGAUCAGGUCGUGCAUUGUGUCUAGUAGUUGAGCUUCUCUGAUGUUUUCUUAUUUAUCAUUUGUCUGCAUCUGUUAGUUUUGUUUUAAAGAGCUGAAAAACUACCUAUGCUCGUUACAGAAUUGGAAAAUUUCAGAUCUGUUACAAUAACUGUCUUAAUUUAGGUUUUCUUGCCUCCGUACUCUUUCCUAAGCCAAGUGAACUAUGAAAGUUGUUAACUUACCUUGGUUCUUCAUCUCCCUUCAGUCCCAAGAAUGAAGAGGCAAAAAUGGAGAUCCUGAAACUUUAUGAACAAUCUAAAGCAUUGCACUCUGCCCAGGUCAGAGCAAUGAAUAACGACAGUGGGAUUAGUUCUACACCUUCCUCAGCAGGGGGGUCCGUCAGCUCUACGGAUACUAACCAUGGGGGUAGUGACGAAGAUCUCAUCGAUUUUAACCAAUCAUGGCGACGCUCUCAGUAUGAUAACUGGCCUCCGCCUCCAGGUAAAAGUGCGCUCGCGCAUUGCUGGUUAUGUACCGUUCAGACUUCGUUGGAUAUAUUUGAAAGUAACGCUUUUAUUUUGAAAACUCUCGCAAAAGUUUUCGUACCCGGUGGAACAAUCUUACUCUCAGACUCCUUGUUUCCUUGACUGCGCCUGUUCUGCUGGCCAAUGGUAAGCGAGUCUUUGGAUAAAGAUUGAUGGCAGAAUCGCUUGCUUGCGUUCUUCAGCAUGCGCGGUUUAAUCAUUAAAGUAUAGACAGCGGUGACGUAAACUCUUUUAGAAGUUUAGUUGCCUCCUCAAGUCUUUCCUCUUUAGAAAAAGAGAGCGUUUUCGUGGGGUUGUUUUUUUAACCAACCAAAAUUUUCCCUGUUAGGUCGAAGUUUUAUUUUGAGAGGAGAGACUUGUUGAAAGAAUCGGAACUGAACGUCUUUUCGGGAAAAUCAAGUGAACCCAAUAGAAAAGAUGGCGAUGUAUCUACAUUGAGGAAUAAUACUGUUACUUUGCUAACAUUUUGUUUCAUUAAUUUAUUUAGCUUAUACCGCUGAUCGUAUUGAAAAACUUAUUAAAGAGGGACAGCUGUACCUUCAGUUAUCGCAGGAGUGGGAGGAUCAAAAGGAUCUCGUCAAAGCUUUUGAUUAUUGCACCCAGGCAGCUAGUGAGUAUUUUUUUUAGUUCAGACUGUACAUGUAUUAUUUUACGAGAAGGCAACUAUCGGAGUAUGAGAAAAAUAGGGGCUGGGCGAAGUGCAAAAGGCACAGGAAGUUUUGUGCAAGAAACAGCUUUCCUGAGAAACUUUAUGAAAAGCAAGUAGCCUUGAAAAUCAUGAACGAGAUUUUUAUUCUGAAAAUUAAAUAAAUCAGUUCUUCAUUUAAAAUUUGAAUGAAGACAUCCCGGAAUUGGAAGAGGUGCCCUCCAUUGGUUCAUUCCCAUCAGUCGGCCAAAGUGGUGAGCUAACACAAUGCUUACAUGUAUGGUUACAACCAUGUGUAUUAAUGUGUUCAAUAUGAUAUGAUUUUUUAUUUUAGAGCUGAAAAUUUAAAUAAAACAGUUCUUCAUUUCCACAAAAAAGGCUUAUUUUGAAUGCCAGUUUUAGUUAUUGAAUGUGAUUUUUACUAUCUCAAUUUAGUCUUAUAAUUUUAUUUCACAUAGCUAAUUUAUAAUUUUAUCAUGACUGAUAAUUAAGAUAAUUAGUUUAUCAUGACAGAUAAUUAUGAAAUUUAUCUUAACAUGACAGAUAAUUAGGAUAAUCAGUUUAUCAUGACUGAUAAUUAAGAUAAUUAGUUUAUCAUGACAGAUAAUUAUGAUAAUUAACUUAUCAUGGCCGAUAAUUAUGAUAAUCACUUUGCCAUUUUGAUGAGAUGAAAAAGUUAUUUGGCCUUGGCAUAGUAAAUUAAUGACAAUUAUUUACUCAUGACAGAUGAUUAUAAUUAUAGCCUUGCUUUGCUGAUAAGUUGCUAAAUAUUUGGCCUUGGCGUUGUUAAUUAAAGAUGAUUGUGUUUCUUUACCUCAGCUAUGUUUAGAAUGGUCACCGAGGAUAAUAGUGUGGACCUAAACAGAAAGAACUACGCUCAAAUGAAGCGCAAUGUUUGCCAGGCACGGGCCAAAAAUUUGAACCACGUAUUGCAAUCCAGUCAGACAACAGACAAUGGAACUGCUUCUGUCAGGUAUUCAAGGGUUGAUCUUACUAUUUUGCUGAAGAAGUGGUUUACACGCACACUCGCAGCUAGGAUACGCAACGACACGUAAUCGUGCGUGUGAAAUGGAACUCUUUUUUUUUUUUGCAUCCGUAUUUUUGGUAUUGUGUGCCUCAUUAUAAAUAUAUAUAGUUGUAUGGUGGAUGUCAAUUCCUUGGCCUGAAGAACAGGCGUAACCUUUUCGCGUUUUUCAGUCAAAUGGAGUCACAAGCCAGGGGAGGCGCGUGAAAACAAUAACUCCCCCGGCGCAUGACUAUUUCUUCGCGGUUACUUUGCGUUUGCCUCUGUUCGCCUAAAGAAAAGAAAAAAUGCCCUAAAAAAAAACUCACGCGUGUUCUGCAGGCAAAAAAUUCCUAGAAUUGAGCACAACCUUGAGAAUUAAAACCAACAGAUGUAACCCCUCUAUAGAAAUCUCCCUCAGUGAUGCGUGUCUCCACAAUAUAUGCCCAAUUUAGAAACAGAAACAAACCGUUAAACUUUCCGCAAUCAAUGCCCCACAUUCAAAAUACUCUGUGCACCACUAACCGCUUGUAAUGCUCUUCCUUUUUUCUUUUAGUCUUUCGAGGCAGAAAGAGGAAGAACUCUUACGCCAGCAAAGACAAAGAGAACAGUACAUAAUCAGGCAACAACAACAACAGCAGCAACAAAAACAACAAAAACAACAAAAACAACAACAACAACACCAACAGAUGCCUCAGCAGCUCCAACCACCUCCAGUACAAUACGUAUGUAGCCAGCGGAUCUGUUUACUCUAUUUCUAGCGCUCCAAGUUCAUAUUAAACUCUCCGAAAAUCAACUGAAGAUUCGUUUCGCUUAAAUUGUACGCAGUUUCUUUUUCUGUAGUGAAACGUACAGUUACGGUUCCUAUCUUUAUUUUUUUUUUUUUUUUUUUUUUUUUUGCCUUCGAAAGACCUAUUGACAACUUUUACGGCAGCUCUUGUAGAUGUCAGCAAACCAAGUACUGGAGUCCACUUAUUGAACAUUCUAGAAAGAGCGACGAGCACUUCCUUAAUUUUAUACGGGUUGGGGAGUUUUCCUUUUUCCCCCUUGCGGGAACAAGUACAGGCCCCACUUUUGUUCACCCGUCCCCCGUCGCGGGAACUCAGAGACUGAGCAAUGAUAGUCGAGAGAAGCUUUUGAAGACACGCAUUUCAAAAUUUUUUUAUCUUUUAAUUCCGUUUUUACAGAUGUCUGUCCAACGAAGGGAUCGACCCGCUAGAGAAUACUCAUCCGCUCAAGUUACAGCACGUAGUGUUCAAGAAGUACCCGUGUCCUCCGGUAAUGGGAGUUACGUGGAUUCGAGAUUUAACCGUAAAGACAAUUGGGAAGAACGAAACGCUACCAGUUUACCCCUGAAAACAAAACCCACAGUGUAUUCAAGUGGACAUUACGUCAGCAAACCUCAAGGGAACAAAACCGGCUCCAGUGGAAUGGGGCCGGGAGUUUGCUCGCAGCAAAUUAAACCAGACUAUUUGUGCUACAAUCCUGUCCAUUACGAGCGAGAGAGAGAGAGUGAAAUUGCUGCCAGAAUUCAGAACGUUGAUAUUCGCGCUCCGAGUCCGGAACCAAGAACGGAUCAUACCAAGGUUAUUCCCGUCGGCGUGAACAGGACGAGGACUUCCGAAAACCGCCGACCUCCGCCUCCGACCAGACGAGUGUCAAGUUCGAUUUACAUUUCACCGUCGAAUCCGUCAAAUUUAAGAGCUUCUACGGUUGACACUUAUGACCCGAAGACUUACCGAAGUAGCGACAGUCCGAAAGCUCCCCCUAGUAUAUCGAUUUCACGGCCAAGACACAAAGUGUCUUACGUGGGAAAUUUAGCUCAGAACUCUCGCCCGACAACUCGCGAUCGUUCUCCAUCGCCCGCACGCUCUGCGGAUGGGAUGGACAGUGAUUAUCGAGCCCGUGGUUCUUAUGGUCCGCGGCCUGCCCAGUAUGUACCCGCCCCUCCAUAUAAUCCACCACAUCAACGUGAACAUCUGAAAAGUUAUUCCACAUCAUCCUUAUCGAGACCGUGGUUCCAAUCGGGUUCGACCGACGAUUCAUACACGAACACUUCUCGAGACCUUCGGCAAGUACCGGCGCGAAUCAUUACUGAUCGGCCGGUUUGCGAGAAAUGCCGAUGCGUCCCAAUUGACAGGCGACAACGCCUAUGUGCUGGUUGUGAGCAGGAGCUGUACCAAAUUCACUCCAACACAGCCAGACUCUACUGAGGCCUAUUGUUACACGGGAGGGGAAAGAAGUGCAACAUGCCACAGCAUACCAUGGCGGUUUGUUUUACCAUGGUUUGUUUUGUUGUUAAGAAAAGAAAAAACGACCCCAGAUGUAAAAAUAUUUAUUCAGUAACUUCAAACACACAGCACUAUUCAAUAUGUUGUAUGUACAGUUCCUCCUCACCGUUUGUGUUGUAGUUAAUUAUGAAAUGCAGCACAAGAAAUAGGAGAAAGGUCCGUGUAAGCGAAAUUAAAACUUAGAAUUGAUUAAGAGAUAUAUUCCCGUAGGAUGAUUUAGAAUGAUGCACCCCCAACGCGAGGAGAUUUGUCAUUUAGCCUGGGAUUUUGAAGGCUACAUAUGGCUUAUGUAUCAUCACUGAAUAGUUUCAGAGUUGUCUAUUUUUGUUUAAAUAAGUUAUAUUGAUAGGUUUUUAUUUUCUUCGGGAAGAAAUCCUUUUCGUUUGUUUGGGUGGGUCGCAAGUGAGGGGACGGUAUUAACCCUUUCAAUCCCAAGAUCUCGUUGAUAAUUCUCCUUACUGUCUGCCAUACAAUUCUUAUGAUGUUAGUUCUGAGAAUUUGGUAUUGGAUCAACUAAUCCCAUAAUUAAUAUUUUUUUAUCCUCGUCAACUACCUACUUGAUAUUGUAAGGAGAAAUUCUCUCUCGGUCACUUGUGGGAGUGAAAGGGUUGAGAUCUGUUCUUAAAGAUGUGUACAAAGAAAAAUAUUACGAAUGAGGAAACCGUGGCGCAAUCUUUGGUUGAAGAGCGGAGAUUGAUCCUGGAUAGAGAUUCCUUCUUCAAAUGUGAGGGUAACUAUGAACGAGCCAGGGGUGUAAAUUUUACGGUAUUUACAUAUAAUCACUAUAGUAGUGGAAGAGUUGUUAAUAAAUUUAACGAGGAAUUUAAAAGACGAGAUUGUAACUUUUUGAGUGGGUGCUUCAAUGAUAAAGUGUGUGG